AUGACCCCGGCGGGCCCAGCACCCCUGCAUGGCCGACCUGUGCGUGCCGCGCCCUUCAGGCGGGCCAGGAUUGUAACUCGAGCCACAGUUACAUGGAAAACGGAGUAUUCAACACUGUUCCUCCCUGUACCAGUAACACUGUUCCUCCCUGGAUCAACAACACUGUUCAUCCCUGGCCCAGCAACACUGUUCAUCCCUGGCCCAGCAACACUGCUCCUCCCUGGGCCAGCAACACUGUUCCUCCCUGGACCAGCAACACUGUUCCUCCCUGAAUCAGUAACAGUGUUCUUCCCUGGAUCAACAACACUGUUCAUCCCUGGGCCAGCAACACUGCUUCUUCCUGGACUCCCAACACUGUUCCUCCCUGGGCCAGCAACACUGUUCCUCCCUGAACUCGCGACACUGCUCUUCCCUGGAGCAGCAACACUGUUCCUCUCUGGACCCACAGCACUGUUCCUCCCUGGACCAGCAACGCUGUUCCUCCUUGGGCCAGCAACACUGUUCCUCUCUGGACCCACAACACAGUUACUCUGUGGCUACUCUCGUUCACACGUGAAGCAGCGCUCAGCAGCUUGA